AUGGAUUGGUUUAGUUAUAUACAAGGAUUAGGAACUUUAGCUGGGGCUCUUCUAUAUUUAUUUGAAGGUUUGUCACUUGGUACAAUACCGAUUGCUAGCGCAGUACUUCGAUAUGAACGCGAUGGGACAAAAGAUCUUACAUGUUUAAUAAUGAAAGGAUCAGCUUUAUUUUCGAUGUUAUAUUUUUUAAUAAUACUCAUUGUUGAUAUGUAUUACGGUUAUUAUGAUGCAUUUAUUUUACCAGUAUCAUUAGUGGCAUUAAUCAUUUUAACAUUUUUACUUGUUUCACUUGGCCAACACAAUCAAAGCGCAUUGGAUCGUAAUGAAUGUUUAUUUGCAUGCUUUCUAUUUCAAACAUUAUUAAUAGUAAAACUAUCACAUACAUCAUAUUUUAUGGUUGAUAAUACGUUACAUUAUCAAGCACCAAUUAGCAACGUAAAAUGGAGAGUAUCAUUAGCAUCAAUAAUAUUAGAAUUGGUUCAAUUAAUGCCAUGGACAUUAAUUCCAUUUUUAUUGUUUCCGAAUUCAAAAAGGUAUUUAACAUUAUGGUCAUUAGAAUACGCCGAUCUUAUAUCACAUUUUAUUGUUAUCGUAACCUAUGCAAAUGGUCACAAAACAGCGGAAUGGAAUAAUGUAAUACAAACAUAUUUUGUUUUUUAUAUUAUUAAUCUUGUUACUUGGGUAUUUCCAUUGUUGGCAGUGUGUAUGUUCAGUGAUAAUAAUAAGAUGAUACCCCCGUGCCAUGCAAUGAUUGUUGAUAUUAUUACAGAUAUUCCAAUGUUUAUAACUACAAUGGUCACACGUGCAUAUGUUCAGAAUAUUUAUAUAUGUUUCGAUAUUGCGAUUAAAUUCAUUGUUUUUGCUCGUGGUGUUAUUUGGGUACCGUAUAAAGUUUAUCAUGACGAUAAGCCACAGCAGAACGAGGGGCAGUUGAUAUACGCCAAUUACCCGCCACUCUAA